UAAGUAAGCUUUCACUAAGCCUAAACAGCAUGACAAAAACAAGAACUGCAACACAAAGGAACUGAAACUGACCGUCUCCUUGCUUCGUUUGUUGUCGUUUUUAUUCGUUUGCAGCUUUAGAGCAUCUUAUUGGUGGUUCUGUUUUUUUUUUUUUUAUAAUAUUUAUUUUGUUAUCAUCAUCUUCUACGACGCAUACGAGGAAAAGGGAAGAAAAAAAAACCUUUUCUUAUUAUUAGUUUUUUUAUAAAAAAAAUUGCUUCUUAAAAACCCUCAUUAAUUACCAGAAACUUAAUACAGUUAUCUCUUUGCUUUGGUAAAAAGAGGAAAAGAAAAUAAUAAACCGAAGGUUUUUUUGACUUCAAGCAGAGAGCUCCUUUUUCCUUAUAUGGCGGCUGCUUAAAACCCUCAGUAUUUUCAUUCUCUCUUUGUUAAUUUUGGGUUCCCCCCUAAUUUAUCGAUCUGUGAAGUUUAAAGACGAAAAAUCCCUUCGUGGCAGCUUCAAAUCGUUUUUUUUGGAGCAGUUGAGUAGUUUUAAGGAUGUCCAAAAGUGAAGAUUCUGGUAGCCCUGGAUGGACUGCAUCCUUUUUCAUGCCGACGAAGGAGGAUGUUGCAAGGGCAGUUGCUGCUGCUGCUGCAGCUGCAACUGCUGUUCAUUCUCCCCGACCAUCUGCUGUAUAUUCAUUGAAAGAUGAGAAUAGCGGUAGCCAAUUUCAGAAGCUACAGCAUCAUGUUGCAAGAGUGUUAAAAGGCUUCUCGCAACCCCCUGAAGUGAGACGUGGAACUUACAAUCCGGAAGUUCUGACUAGCCAAAAGCGUCAGUGGGCAAACUUUCAGCUGCAACAUUUGGAUCAUAGAUCUUUUAAAGGACCAUCAAGGUUGUUUGAGAGCAUGGUUGUUGUUGGACUUCCUCCUAGUUGUGAUAUUCAGGCACUUCAAAGGCAAUAUGUCACCAGGCAAUCUGAAGGUUCGGGGAAGUUGCGAAGUGCUCUAAGUUGUCAGAAUAAUUCUCGAGUCGAACCUUACCUUGAACCCCAGGUUUUAUUUGUUUAUCCCCCAGAGAAGCCACUGCCACUUAAACACAAGGAUCUUCUUUCAUUUUGCUUCCCCGGAGGCAUAGAGGUUCAUGCCGUUGAGAAAACUCCUUCAAUGAGUGAGCUGAAUGAAAUUCUUCUUUCACAGGAACACCUAAAACAAAGUGACCUGUCAUUUGUAUUCCGGUUGCAGGUUGCUGAUAAUUCCACUUUAUAUGGGUGCUGUGUGUUAGUUGAAGAAAUAGUACAGAAGCCCUCUGGAUUGCUUUCCUUGAUUUCAGAUAGACAACCUGCCUACCCGUCUCUGAGUCGUUAUGUGAUGACCACUCGCAGAUGUUAUUGCAUCCUUUCGAGGCUUCCAUUUUUUGAAUUGCACUUUGGUGUUCUGAAUAGCAUCUUUGAUGAAGAAAGGUUGGAACGGUUAACAAAAAGUAUUGGUGAUAUAGAUUUGGAAUUGUCGGAGAGUUACAGCAAUGAAGCAAAUAUAGAUGAUGUGUUAACAGAUCAAGGAGCUCUGGAGGACAUGCAGAACACAAUGACCGAACCCUCUGAGAUAAGUUCAGGAGAUUCUAAACUUGGAGGUAAUGAUGAUGGGAAUGGCUUGGAGCAUCAAAUGCUUGAGAGUGACUUUGACUCAAACAAAGCUGUUAAUCAUGAUACUGUUGUUCCAGUUGACCUGGAAACUGAGUCGUUUAAAAGAGGAAAAGAAUCCGGUGGUGCAGAUCCUGAAGAUUGUGAUACUGAUGUUGAUGAUUUCACAACAAAUAAGCAAGCAGCAGAAAGACAUUUGCCAAAUGCUGUUUUGCCAUUUCUACGCUAUUAUCAGUAUGAAAGUUCUGAAUCUUCCUGCAGUUUUCAAGGUUCCCCUUGUGACGACAGGAACUUGAGGAGUGAUGUUGAUGAUACAGAAACAGAAGAGGCUUCUAUUUCUGGCCAGGAGGAUUCCAGUGAUCACCUUGAUAUACUUGAAUGGGCCAAGGCGAACAAUCAUGGAUCAUUGCAGAUACUAUGUGAAUACUAUCGGUUACCUUGUCCAGAAAGGGGUUCAAAACUUAGGUUUCAUCCUUUGGAGCACCUUCAUCCACUGGAAUAUCAUAGGCCUGAUGAAAAAGUUUUGCAUAUUGCUGGCUCAACCAUUGAUUUGAGAUCUUGCAGUACAAGUCUUGAAUUUGCUGAGGCACACACUGCCCUUUUGGCAGAAGAGGAAGCAACUGCUCUAUCAACGUGGGCUGUUGCAUGCAUGUGUGGAUCUCUGCGGCUUGAACAUGUGCUAACAAUCUUUGCAGCAGCAUUGCUGGAGAAACAGAUUGUGGUUGUUUGUUCAAAUUUGGGAAUUUUAUCUGCUAUAGUUUUGUCAAUUGUCCCUCUGAUCCGGCCAUACCAAUGGCAAAGCCUCUUGAUGCCGGUUUUGCCAGAUGAUAUGCUAGACUUCUUAGAUGCGCCUGUUCCUUACAUAGUUGGUGUAAAGAACAAAACAAGUGAAGUGCAGUCAAAGUUAGCCAAUGUAAUCCUGGUCGAUGCUAAUAAGAACCAGAUAAAGACGUCCACAAUACCACAGCUGCCACAACAUAGGGAGCUCUUUGCAUGCUUAAGUCCUUAUCAUGCAAAGCUUGUUGGUGAAAGUUAUUUGGGGAGGAAAAGACCAGUACAUGAGUGCACAGAUGUGCAGAUUGAAGCUGCCAAAGGUUUUUUAGCGGUGUUAAGAUCAUACUUGGAUUCUCUUUGCUCUAACAUGCGGUCACACACAAUUACAAAUGUACAGUCCAAUAAUGAUAAGGUAUCGUUGCUUUUAAAAGAGAGUUUCAUUGAUUCAUUCCCUAGUCGUGAUCGACCAUUUAUGAAGCUGUUUGUGGACACACAACUCUUUACUGUACAUACAGAUCUUGUUCUGUCAUUUAUCCAGAAGGAAUAGGACAACAAUCAUCCAAAGAUGGUGUGCUAUUGUAGUGUUGUAACUUGAACAUAAGUUAAGCAAUGUAUAAUAUCAAAUUAUUUUAUCAAUAUCGGCAGAAAAAAAGGAAAAAGAAAAAGGAUUUUAUAGGGUUUGUAAAAGUAUAUAUAUUUAUUUUUCCUUCAACCCAAUUCUCCCCAUGCCAUUUGGCAACCUGAAAAUUGAAAAAAUAAUAACAAUUUAAUGAAGUAUUUAUAUCUUGAA